UCAAGUCCGACUCUGUUACAUGCACCAGAGGAGAGAUAAACCACAGACCUUCAUCCAGCCUCUUUCGAGCCCCACACUACAGUUCAAGUAGCCUGGAGAGAAUCGACCAUUCCCAGAGAGAGAAAACAGCUGCUGAUACGACUACAACACUGUGAGUAGAUUUUUUUUUUUUCUUCAGAGAGAAGAACUGUAUUUUUUUUAUCUCUCUCUAAUAAGAUACCGGGAGUUUAAAGUUGCAAGACAUUUUUCAUGAUUUCUUCAGAGCGAUUUUUUUGGGGGGGGGCACAGUAGAUUUUAUAGAUGGAACUUCAAGAGGAAAACGCUGCAUGAAUGCAAGUGUCGUUGAAUUUGCAAAGAAAGAGCAUUUGGUUCUUUUUUUCCCUCAAACUUCAAACGACAAUGAUGGCUUUCCACAACCACUUUGCAGUGUACUGUAACUACUGAGGUGGAUUUCUCUCAAGCACGCCCCCUGAACUAUUAUCUCCUAAAAAGACUGCUCCAGCCCAAAUCCUUUUUGAGGUCCAGUGGAAGAAUCGGAUCUUUACCAGACAAUUCCCAAGUCUGUCUCUUUGUGCUGCUAUACGAAGAUGACUGGCUGUACAGCCCGCUGUCGACAGGGGGUGCUCAAAUUAAUCCAAUCUGUUCACAGAUUGCUUUCAGGAAGCCUCGCAAAAGACGUUGCACUUUGGUAUUUUUUAUUCUCUGUAGAUAAAACAGAUGAUGACCUCGAGAUGACAACAGUGUGUCAUAGGCCGGAGGCUCUCGAACAACUGGAAUCCCAAACUAACUUCUGCAAGCAGGAGCUCCAGAUUCUCUAUCGUGGUUUCAAGAAUGAAUGUCCAAGUGGAGUCGUAAAUGAGGAGACGUUUAAACACAUUUAUGCACAAUUCUUUCCCCAUGGAGAUGCAAGUAUGUACGCACAUUACCUUUUUAAUGCAUUUGACACGACUAACAAUGGCUCCAUUAAAUUUAAGGACUUUGUAAUGGGCUUGUCUAUCCUGCUGAGGGGAACCUUGAGGGAAAAACUUGAAUGGACAUUUCACCUUUAUGACAUUAACAGAGAUGGAUACAUAAAUAGGGAGGAGAUGACAGAGAUUGUGAAGGCCAUCUAUGACAUGAUGGGCAGGUACACUCACCCUGCACUGAAGGGAGAUGUGGCACAGCAGCAUGUGGAUGCUUUCUUUCAGAAAAUGGACAAAAACAGAGAUGGAGUGGUAACUUUGGAGGAGUUUGUAAUAGCCUGCCAGGAGGAUGAAAUCAUGAUGAGAUCCAUGCAACUCUUUGAGAAUGUGAUCUAGGCCAGGAGGAGGAGAAAAUGAGAAAAUGUCCAAAUAAGAGGGCUAGUUUGUGUACGUGUGUGGAUGAAUACGUGCAGUGCAUUCAGUCUCUCUUCUUGCCCUUUUAUCCAACUGUGGAUUGAAUACAGACGGUUUCCCUGCAAAGACUUGCAUUACAGAAAUUGAUUGGAAUUAUCGUUGCAAAGUUUUGAGUGUUUCAAAGUGACCCCUGAGAAAGUAAAACUGUCUUGCGUUUUAGUGGAGGGUCAGUUAAAGAUAAUGAUACGUGUAAUUGCUUGUGUGUAUUCAUCAGUUGCCCAAAGAUGCUCCUAAAAUGUUUGCUUCUCCAAAAGUUCUAUCUGCAAAUAUUUGUUACAUUUGCACGAGGAUUUAUCGUUGUGUAUACGUCUGGCUGUAAUGUUCCUAAUCUGUUGUUCAUCUUGUAAUAGUAUGUGGGUCUUUGAGUCAUGUUACUCGUUUAUAUACUGGUCUUCAUGUCUAUUUAAAAAUAAUAGACUUUAAAUGUUGUAUUUUUCUGACUUUGAUUUUUGGUUGUUCCUUUUUGUUUUGAAAGUGUAAAAAGUAUUGUGGAACAUGCUUUUUGCUCUUUGAUGUACAAUAUAAGUGGGAUGUCAUAAACUCAGGUCUUAGUUUGCAAUUGAUUUGUCUCACCCUUGCAAAUAGA